AUGGAGACCCCGGGAUUUGGAGGAGAGCCGGCGGCGGCGCUGGAGGAGAGGAAAGUGGACUUUGGAGGAGCGGCGCCGGCGCCCAGCAGGCCGGCCAAGAACCGCCAAGUUGCCCGUCAUCCCUUGGCUGCCAGACUGACCUACCAGAGGUUCAACUCUUCUCAUUUGCAACCCACCUCAUAUGUCCACCUCGGGGCGGCCAAGACGUCCGCCGUCCAAUACCAUCAGCUGACCAGUGUCUCUUGCGACACCGAAUGGAGAAAUGCGAUCAACAUGCUGGAGAAGGAUUUGGCAAAGACCCUGCUCCGAGUAUCCCGCAAACGUGCACUGGCAUGA